CUGUCGGGAUGUGAGAGAAGCCCAACAUGAGCUCAGGUGAAGUCAUCAUGUUGACAGAGAAAUUUACGUUUGAUCCAAAAGAAGGAAUCGAUAACCCUGCCAUGGUCAUCACAGAUAACUCAGAUCCCUGCUGGACUCCCAGGCCACGCCUGUGUGCUCUCAAGAGAGAGGAGGGCCAGACGUAUGGCUUCAACCUACGGAUGGAGAAAGGUUGCCAUGGACACGUGAUACGUAAUGUGGUGUCAGGGGGCAUCGCGGCGCGCAGCGGCCUGCAUGAUGGAGACAGACUUCUGGAGGUCAACAACUGUUACGUUGAUGAUGUUCCCCACACUGAGGUUGCCAGGAAGAUUAAGCUUAGCGGGCAGCAGUUAUGCUUGCUGGUUCUGGAUGGCGAAGCGUAUGAGCAGGCUGUGGAAAGGGGCUCGGACCUUCGACUGUUGUCGGGAAAUGUAGCUGAAGAACCCUGCAAGCCGCCCAGACUGUGCCACAUCACCAAGCAUCCUGGCUCAGGUCUGGGUAUCAGCUUUACAGCCUUGGAAGGAGAGAAAGGUCGCUUUUCAGUGAACCUGGUGAAAGGUGGUGCGGCUGAAAAAGCAGGAGUCCGCAAGGGAGAUCAUCUGAUUUGGAUGAACGGAGUAAUGGUGUCCCACCUCACACACUCUGCACUCAGUCGAAUGAUGAAAAAAUAUGGAAAUAGCAUCACAAUCUUGGUGAUAGACAGUGAAAGCGAGAGGAUCUACAUGAAAAAGAAGAUGCCCAUUUUACCAGCCAUGGCUGUGUCCCACAAGCUGCCCUUCAGAGCCAGAAAGCUGCACCUGAUCUCUGGGCCACAAGGAUAUGGAUUUCUCCUCCGACUGGAGAAGACGUCAUCCGGCCACACAUAUCAUUUUCUGCGUGAGGUGGAGAGUGGCAGUCCAGCAGAGAAGGCAGGUGUGGAGGAUGGAGAGAUCCUGCUGGAGGUCAAUGGAGAGUCGGUGGACUCGCUCAGACACGAUGAGAUUGUGGAAAGAGUGAGAUUAAGUGGAAAGCAGGUCUUCCUCACCACCAUCUCUCAAGCUGGGUUAGGAUUUUACAACCAGCUGGGCCUGUCUCCUCUUCUGUUCUCUGACAGUGAAGCAGCUGAGAUAAAACCUGAGAACACUGUUGACGUUCAGCUGUCUGUAAAGAAAAACAAUGACUCAUUGAGUCCGAAGCUCUGCAGAGUCGAAAGAGGUCCUCUCGGUUAUGGCUUUCAUCUCGACUCUUUUGUGCAGAGACCUGGGACUUUCAUCAGUGAGGUGGCUUCUGGAGGUUCUGGGCAGAGAGCAGGACUGGUUGUGGGAGAUGUUCUAUUGGAGGUUAAUGGCGAAAACGUGGAGGAGAAAUAUCUAGAAGAUGUGAAUACUUUAGUGAAAAAUGGAGGGAAAUAUCUUUCCUUAUUAGUUAUGGAUCGAGUAAGCUUUGACAAAAAGAACGAGAAAGAGAGAUCAGAACCUGCUGUGACGGGCAGAGAGGAUGAAGACAAUUUUGAGAUUUCGAUUUUAUGAGGAUAAACAGUUUUGAGGCCUUUUUUCAGCACCAUGCACACUUUCUGGAUAUUAUGAAGAGACCUGAAAAGGAGGAUAACUAAUGCAAAUGUUGUCCCUUAGUUACCUCGUCUAAAGGAGGGGAUUCAAAGGCGAUCCAAACAAUAAAACCAACAACAUAAGCUAAAAAGGAAUUAGAUUUUAUAAAGAAUAUUAG